CAAUCCUCGCUUCUGGAGAGCUGUCCUGGGUACACACAACCUGUACAAACUGGGCCCCGACGCAGUCAAGAGGAAGAUCAAGAAGAUCAUUGUGCACCCCAAGUUCAGGAGGGAAACCUUCGAGAACGACCUGGCAAUGUUCGAGCUGCGCUCGGCCGUGCGAUCCAGUCACUACAUCCAGCCCAUCUGUCUGCCCUCGGCACAGCUGGCAGAGCACCUGGAGAACAGCUCCAUCUGCUCCAUCACCGGCUGGGGACGCACGGCCGAGAAAGGUGACACUCCACCUGGGCUCCAGCCCUGCAGCUCUCUGCAUCUUGUACAGCCUUUCAAAGGCAAAAGGGGAUCCAACUGA